GCGGUGAUCACCCUCCUCAAAGCGCGGAGGCGCGCGGAGAGAGGAGAACCCUUCCGCAUUUGACACCUCCGCAGCUGCAGGCACGACUCGAGGCUCGAAGACGAGCCCCUUCUUAACCCACCUCCAGCUUUGGAAGCGCCCUUCUCCCCUUUCAGCCGGGGCUAUUUGCGCAGCUCCCGCGCGCGCGCUGGGAGGAGACUGAGGAGAAACCAUUGAGGGGGGGGGGGAGAGGCUACCCGCGUCGGAAUCCCCAGAGAGGACGAGGAGUGGGCUGGCGAGCUUCUCCCCCUCCCCAGUCCCAGAGCGCUGAGGGAGGAGGAGGAGGAGGAGAGUCCACCACCCACCUACCUCCCCGCCCCCGCCCCGCGCAGCUGGAGGGCCAUGCUAGGGAAAGAGGCCACGCUUCCCAAACUUCCUGCCCCACUUUCCUCAACAGCCGGCUGCCAGGAGGUGCCGCCGCCGAGCGCGCCCCAAGUGUGAGGAGCGAGGAGAGAGCCGCCUCAGGAGCCGCCGCCGCCUCCCCCCCUGAGGGGACCGUGAGCCCGCCACCCGCCCCGCGCAAUGAGCGAGCCCCGGGAGAAGAAGGCGCCCGCGGCUUCGCCCCCCGGCGGCACUGGCAAGGGCCCCGCCGUCGUCUCGCUGCUCUUCUCGCUCCUCUCGGUGGGCGCCUGCUUCCUGCUCAACGCCAAGACCUCUCGGCUCGAGGGCCGGCUGGUGGCCCUCGAGGAGGAGUUGGCCGCCGGCCGCGCGUGGAGCCCCGGCGAGCAGCUCGGCGCCGAGCCCCUGCUCGCCCUGCUGCAGCCUCAGGUGGACGGGCUCCUGCAGGAGAAACUGAGUGAAGGAUUAGCCAAACUGCGUACAGCAAGAGACGUAUCAUCUGAAUGCAGGUGCCCACCAGGUCCACCUGGAAGGCGAGGAAAGGCUGGACGACGAGGAGAUCCAGGUCCUCCAGGGCAGUCAGGACGAGUUGGUUACCCGGGGCCUCUUGGACUGGAUGGCAAACCAGGGCCUCCAGGAGCAAAAGGGGAAAAGGGGGAUCAAGGAGACGUCGGCCCAAGAGGGGAUCAAGGUAAUGAUGGCGCUGCUGGUCCGCCAGGUCCUCCUGGACAGCCGGGUGCAAGAGGGCCCCCUGGAGACACGGGAAAAGAUGGCCCAAGGGGACCCCCAGGCCUUCCUGGUGAGAAAGGACAACCUGGAGAACCUGGUAUCAUGGGUGAGCCUGGUAUUCCAGGAGGAAAAGGUGAUGCUGGAAUCCCAGGAGAACCAGGGAUUCAAGGGCCAAAGGGAGAACAAGGAAGUAUUGGGCCCAUAGGCGAGAAGGGCAAUGAAGGACUACCAGGGCCAAAGGGAAAACAAGGAAGCAUUGGCCCAAUGGGAGACAAAGGCAUAGACGGUAAACCAGGGCCAAAGGGGGAACCUGGAAGCCCUGGCCCAAAGGGAGACAAAGGCAAAGAUGGUCUACCAGGGCCAAAGGGAGAACCAGGAAGUGUUGGCCCAAUGGGAGAGAAAGGAAUAGAUGGUCUACCAGGGCCAAAGGGAAAACAAGGAAGUGUUGGCCCAAUGGGAGAUAAAGGAAUAGAUGGUCUACCAGGGCCAAAGGGAGAACCAGGAAGUGUUGGCCCAAUGGGAGACAAAGGAAUAGAUGGUCUACCAGGGCCAAAGGGAGACGCAGGAAGUGUUGGCCCAAUGGGAGACAAAGGAAUAGAUGGUCUACCAGGGCCAAAGGGAGAACCAGGAAGUCCUGGCCCAGUAGGGGAGAGAGGCAUAGAUGGUCUACCAGGGUCAAAGGGAGAACCAGGAAGUCCUGGCCCAGUAGGGGAGAGAGGCAUAGAUGGUCUACCAGGGCCAAUGGGAGAACCAGGAAGUCCUGGCCCAGUAGGGGAGAGAGGCAUAGAUGGUCUACCAGGGGCAAAGGGAGAACCAGGAAACAUUGGCCCUGUGGGAAAAAGAGGCAUGAGUGGUCUACCAGGACCAAAGGGAAACCGGGGAAGCAUUGGCCCAACAGGGGAGAGAGGCAUGGAUGGGCUACCAGGGCCAAAGGGAAAUCCAGGAAGCAUUGGUCAGACUGGGGAAAAAGGCAUAAAAGGGCAACCAGGAGCAAGGGGAAAACGAGGAAGCGCUGGCUCAGUGGGAGAGAGAGGCAUAGAUGGGCUACCAGGGCCUAAGGGAGAACCUGGAAGCAUUGGCCCAAUGGGAGAGAAAGGCUUAGAUGGUCUAGCAGGGCCGAAGGGUGAACCAGGAAGCCCUGGUCCAAUAGGAGAGAAAGGCAUAGAUGGUCUACCAGGGCCAAAGGGAGAACCAGGAGGCAAUGGCUCAGUAGGAGACAAGUGCAUUGAUGGGCUACCAGGGCCAAAGGGAGAACCCGGAAGCCCUGGCCCGACAGGAGACAAAGGCAUAGAUGGUCUACCAGGGCCAAAGGGAGAACCAGGAAGUGUUGGCCCAAUGGGAGAGAAAGGCACAGAUGGCCUUCCAGGGCCAAAGGGAGAACCAGGAAGUGUUGGCCCAAUAGGAGUGAAUGGAAUAAAUGGUCUACCAGGGCCAAAGGGUGAACCUGGUGAAAGAGGAGCAGAUGGACACAUUGGGCCAAGGGGUCCUCCAGGCCUGAAAGGAGAACAGGGUGAUACAGUAGUAAUUGACUACGAUGGCAGAAUCUUGGAAGCUCUCAAGGCUGCAGGGAAACUCAGAUUGACGGGCCCGCCAGGUCCCCAAGGGCCCCCAGGCCCCCAAGGAGCUCCAGGACCAAAGGGGGAACUUGGAUUGCCUGGCCCACCUGGCGUUGAUGGAGAGAAGGGUCCUAAAGGUUCGAAAGGAGACCAAGGAAGCUCUGGACUCAUAGGACAAAAAGGAGAGAAAGGAGAUGUUGGCAUGAGUGGUCUCCCAGGUCCGAAAGGAUUAAAAGGAGACCAAGGAAACCCUGGAAUAGCGGGAGAGAGAGGAGAGACAGGAGAAAUGGGCUUGUCUGGUCCACCGGGCAUUGAUGGACCAAAAGGAGAACCUGGCGCUCCCUGUGAGAAGGAUCUUGUGCAGAUCAUAGCUGAACCAGGACCUCCUGGCGUUCCAGGUCUACCAGGUCCGCCAGGCCCUACGGGUCCUCAAGGAAUACAGGGGCAUAAGGGUCCCCAAGGAAUUCAAGGACACAAGGGCUCAGAUGGUGCAAAGGGUGCAAAAGGUGAAAGUGGUCAUAAAGGUGAAAAAGGUGUCCCUGGGCCACAUGGUCCUGCUGGUACUCCUGGGCUUAUCGGUUUACCAGGCACCAAAGGGGAGAAGGGAAAGCCAGGGGAACCAGGAUUAGAUGGUUUCCCAGGCCUAAGAGGAGAAAAAGGAGAAAAAAGUGAGAGAGGAGAAAAGGGAGAAAGAGGACUUCCAGGUAGAAAAGGAGCAAAAGGGCAAAAGGGAGAGCCAGGGCCGCCUGGAUUGGAUCAGCCUUGUCCAGUGUUCAUUUUUAAAGGGGAGCCAGGUUUACCUGAACUGGAUGGUGUGGAUAUGCUCUGCCCUUUGGGACCAGAUGGAUUACCGGUACCAGGAUGCUGGCACAAGUGAUCCUCCAAGCAUGGACUGUGUAAAUAAUAGUGUGAUAUAUUUUGAUCUUUUUCUAAUUUUUAUACAAAAAAGAGGGGGGAAGUCACAAAAAAAACCAAUAACUCUUCAACAGUAAUAUAUUGAUCUUUUUAUACUGGAUGCUUUCAUGUAUGGAUUUUAAAAGAUAUAAACGUUUCCAAGGCCCAUAGGACAAGCGUACAUAACCAACAACUAUUUUAUAACUGGACACUCUGAAAUAAUUGGGAAUGAUUGUUACUUGCUGCUAACGCUACCGUGUGGAAUAACAGUACUGAGAAACUGUGCCUUGUGUGCCUUAUUGCAUGGGAGAAGGAACUUCCCCUCUUCUCAACCGAUGGCUUUCAACUCUGCAAUUCUGUUGCACAUAGCCACAGAUAGAAAUGGAGGAGAAAAUGAAAAAGAAAAAGAAGUUGCAGCCUUAGAAAUGAGACGAACGGUGGCUUACGGAUGAAUGUAGGAGGAACCUCCAACCCGGAAAUACAACACAAACGUAACCACACAUGCUGCUACAUACUGUACCUCCACCUUGAAGAAAAGAGUUACGUUCUUGGUCGUUAUGAUCACCUCUGUCAUCUGUGGCGGCUUUUUCCACAUGUAGAAAACUUUGUCACCGGGAGAACCUCUGCUCAUCAUUCUACAAUCUGUGACUUAAAGCGGGUUGAUUCUCUUCGGGAACUUUUGUAAUUUCUGCGGAAUUGGAAAAACUUGUAGUGCCUCACAUAUCAUACAGAUCACACACAAACACACACACACACAGAGGAAACAGUACAAUAUUCAUCUCAGUUUUACAGAUUUGCAGCAUAACCCCAGUGCUGAUUAAAACCCUUUCCACAGCCACAGUCCAUGAGUGCCAGCUCAUGUUUGCAAACUGGGAAGGGAUUCCUGUAUGAAGUCCAGUGCUUGCUUCCCUGAAUUGGCAGGGCUUGCCGUAUCAGUACUGAUAAACUGGAGCUGUUUUUGUACUUUGCUCCCCCACUCCCAUAUGCAGAACCAAGUACAUAACUCAAGGAGGAGUAUCUUCAUUGGUGUGUAAGCACCUCCCAAAUAAAACUACCUAUGGUCAGAAGCGCAGGAGUUCAAUAAUAGCAUCAGUGGUUGUUUGGUCACUUACUUUGUCAUGGAAACAACUCUUUCAGUUUCAGUUCUUCAAAGUAAAGGUGUCUAGGAGAAUCUCCAUAUUUUAUGCAGCAAACAAAGGUGACCCCUUACAGCAAAGCAUAAAGUGAGAACAGGCACAUUACUUUAGUGUGCCUGAGAACUUCUGGCCAAAUCAAAACACAAUGGCUACAAAAAGCAUGGAACUCUAGCAAUUGAUUGGAAUGCAGCUAGUCCCAGUGGAUUGUGGGUAUGAGCACAAAUAAGAGGAGAAAAUACUGCUAGUGGAGUAUCCUGCAUAUUUACCAUUGGUAUAUUGAACAAUAGCUUACUAAUUUCAAGAACCUAAGCAUGCCCCACACAUAGCCUACCUUGAACCUAUAUUUGUAGCAAUAAGUAAUUUCAUUUCAAGCAGCACAGCCAAAACUGUUCACCCAUUUAUGCAACCAUAUAAUGUUCUAUACCCCCCUUGUUGUGCUGCCAAUGGGAUCACAUACACACAGUUUGUUUACUUUAGGGAUGGGGAGCCAUUCAGAUGUUGCUGGACUGCAACCCCGUCAUCUCAGGUUAGGGCUGAUGGGGGCUGGAGUCCAACAGAAUCUGGAAGGAUACAGGUUAACUUCCACUGGUUUGCUUCCUCUGCUGAACACCACACUGGCGAAACGCUUCACGCUCCAGGUUUCGAAUCUUUUAUUUAAAAGGCCAUGUUAACUAAAAUGUUUUCACAAGCAUACAAUGAGUAUAGAAAGGUUCUGGCAAUGAUGUUUUGAUGCUGGGUGGAUCUAGGAGCAUCCAGGAGGCAUGCUACCUAAGAAGUAAGGGCUAGAGAACAUGUUAGGUAGAAGUAUAUUGCUUGGAAGGUACUGAGGUAAAUAGGGAGAGCAGCAGAAGUGGAGUUAAUGGCUCCUGGCUCUGGCUGUUAAAAGCACAGCAGUUCUCUGAGUUGGCAAGCAUAGUUGGGAGCAGCUGCAGAACUGACUGAGCAAUGCUGACCCAUGGAAAGAGAUUUCAGCUUCAUGGAAGCAUUUGAACCCUUUCGCCUCUGAACAUUUAGCUAAGGCCUUAUAUGAGUUUCCUCAGUGUCAUGUUUGUUUGAACACCAGCAAGCAGUGACAGUGAUCAACUAGGCACAAAACUAUGAUGAAAGCUCAUGUUUAUAGGAACCAAGGGACAUAAUACUUCACGGUUUGAACAAAACCUAGGAAGCCUGGAUUUCCCUCUCCCAUUUUAUUUUGGUGCUAAUUGGCUUCAUCCUAAUUCAGCGUUUAAGCCCUCAUUCCCAGAGAUGGGGUGUAAUUCUAUUCCAAAGUGCUGGUUCGCGUUACUGAUCAGAAUUCACAUGUGUAAGGAUGGCAUGGUGCUCUCCGUUAGUGUAAGGUAGAAGAGGGGUUCUGGAUUGCUAUCCUCUGAAUCUUUAGCAAUAAUGUAUAUUAUUUCUAUUAUUACUACUUGUAAAGUCUUCUAGGAAAACUGCAGUUAAUGCUUUAAACAGUGUACAAUUCUUCACAUGGUAGAAGAUGCAUACUAUACACACAAAAAUAGACUAUAAAGUUAACAUUUGCUUCACUUGUUAACUACUUGGGUUACAUAUAAGAUAGCUUUAUUGUAUGAUUUCUGAUGUCCAUAUGGCAUUUUGCUCGGUAAUGAUAUUAGACUGUUGUGUAAAUGAAGAUAAACUACAUUGACUUAAGAAAGAAAUUAGAUACUUUAAAUUGUCAAUUAAAAUGCUGUAACCUUCCAUACAAAAGACUAGCUUUCAAGGCUUCCUUGAAAGUCAAACAGCUGUGUGCAUAGCUUCGUUUUCUGCAUGUAAUACUCUUUUACAGGUGGCAAAAACCAGUGGCAAGUCCAUGGGCAGCAAAAUCAACUCUCUUCUUCCUUGUCUGCAGCAUAUCAUUUCCUCCAAAUCUUAUCUCCUGGCAAAAUAUUUCCCUGCAGUCUGUAGUGUUUGCUGAGUACACUGUACAUCUAUCUAAUUGCCAUUCUGUUAAUGUCAUCCUUAGCAAAAGGAAAGGAAGCAAAAGGCUGGAGCAUGUAUGUGGUAGUGUGACAAUAGUAAUAAUGCACAAUUAUAGAUGUAAUACAUGGAGCAUACACGGAGCAUGUAUGUGGUAGUGUAACAAUAGUAAUAAUGCACAAUUAUAGACAGAUGCAGGUGGACCUGCUGCUUUAAAUCCCACCCCCCAACUCCCAUUUUCGUGCCAAAUCCCCUCACUGUUUUCAAUGUUGGAAGUUCAGUUAGUAAUUUACUGGCUUUGGCGGGGAGGGGGGCAAAGUUUCUGUGAGUGAACACUCAAAAAAAGGCCACAUGCAUCCAUGCCCUUCUGGAUCACUGCUUAUGAAAUUUAAUACUGGCUAUACUAUUCUUUUUUUGAGAAAAUAGACAAAUUACCUCUUCAUCAUUCUCUCUUAUUAACAGCUGUCAGUGGCAGCACUGGAAAAACAAAAUCCAGAAGAAAUAUUUAAAAGUGCUUUUCAUUUCUGAACUCUCUUUUAAAACAACAAGUCAUUAGUGCCACAAUAAAAUAUAUUUAUGCAAGAAGUGGGCACACACAAGUGGAGACAGAUACAUUGUUCGUUAGCACAUUAAACCCGUUUUUAUUUGUGAGUCCUUGGCAAACUGUUCAGUGAUAACAUAUUUGUAAAGAAAGAGCAACCUUCAGCAACAGUUAUUUCUUCAAUUGCAGACAACACCAAAGUGAGACUCCUUAUAAAAUGGGACUCCGCAUCAUCUAUUGUUAGCAACUGCAUAUUUUUCUUUCCCUUCCUCCAAGAAGGUCUAAGCGAUUUGGAAAUAUCUAUAAUAAGUAAUUUAAAAGAACACAUAGCAUUAUCUCAUUCAGUCCACAUAACUUUAGGAGGCAUAGGUGCCAACUCCCUGGGGCCUUGGGUGCCCGAGCACCCACAAAAUUCCCCAUAAAGGGGCUGGGCACCCACAAAUUUUGGUGCCAGGGCCAUGCACAUUGUAUGGCACCCAUGGUCAAGGGGCUAAGUUGGCACUCCUGUUAUGAGGUAAGUUAAAGGAUUGGGAGUUGCCCAAGACCUGCUCCUAAGCUUCAUAGUUCAAACCUAAGUCUGUACCACAUGGAAUGCAUGUCAGAGUGAAUUCACUGAAUAUGUGUAUCUGAAGAAGUGUGCAUGCACACGAAAGCUCAUACCAAGAACUAACUUAGUUGGUCUUUAAGGUGCUACUGGAAGGAAUUUUUUUGUUUUGUUUUCACUGAAUAUAUUAGCAAUGGGACUCCUGUAUGGGAUGCUUCAGAACUGCAUGUUUUGUCUACAUAUCAUUUAUUUUGGUGGUGGCAGCAGGUACUGGCCUGGUUCAAAAGCCAUGCUAUUCCCCUCCCCCUCUUCCCUUUGACCUCCAGCACAGCUGCAAGGAAGAAUCAGAAGCUUUUGCUUCUGCAUUAAAUUUCUACACACCAGCACCAAGAUACAGUAAUUUGAUCCAUUUCUGUUCAGUUAAAGACAUACUUCAGAUCAGGACUGGGGAAACUUUGGCUCUCCAGAUGUUGCUGAACUACAGCUCCCACCAUCACUAGCCAUUGGCAGUGCUUACUAGGGGAUGGGAGUUGUAGUUCUACAUCUGAAAAGCUAAAGAUGCUGUAACUCCUGCUUUAGAUACUCAUUUAAAAUGCUUAUCGGCGUCACCUUUUGUAGCAUUGGGAAUUGUGGGAAAUAACAGCUUUAAAGCCCUGAAAGGAAUUCAGUAAUUCCUUUUUAAUAGAAAUGCUCUAUUUACUGUGCGUAAAUACUGAUUAAGAUCACCAACUCACUACUAGCCAUCAGAAUAGCAGUGAUUUGGUAUUUUUAAUCAGCACAGUAUUUUAAAACAUCGAACGUGGCUUCUUUAUAUAAGAGGACAUUAAUAUGCUUUCAAAAGCACCAAUCUGUUUAGUAUGUGAAAUAAAGACAAUUUUGUUUUACACCUUAAAUUGCUCUUAUUUUGAAUGGAAAUAUAAAGAAUAGCCAGCAUUCAAUAUUUUCACUACAUGUUGUUUUCAGUUUUUGAUAAUUUUAUAAUUUUUCAACUUGAUAGCUUAAAAAAGUGAAGGUUUGCACUAUAUGGUACUAAAACACUUCCAUAAUUUGAUUUCAAACGGCUAAUUUUCAUUUUCAAGGUGGGUUUGAUUUCCAAAGAUAUAUCCAGCAAAGUGAUUGAUCAGUAUUAGGAUACGAUAAUUGAACAUUUAUUCACUAUUGCCUCCUAAGCAAUGUUUUUUUGCAUGCUGAAUAAACUGCAUUCACAUAUAGUGUUCAUUUGGCAAAGCAGACAGUUGAAUUAGAAAGCAUUCCUAAGAUUCAGUAGUUGACCUUGAUUUUAUGGUUACAUUUUAGGUGGGGUGUGAAGCGCACAUUUCUGCCGAGUUGAAAUUAUAGUUGAAAUUAGUAGGCAUAAUCUAAUCAAAAUUAAAUGGUAGAGUUAAGUAUAAUGGACAAGCUUAAAUCUCUUCCACUUAAAGAGAUGGAACUUGAAAGUAUUUCACAUCGGCUAUAUCAUGCUGUCUUUAUCUCAAUAGAAUGUAGUGCCACAGAACUGAAAAACAACACUGUCAACGUUUUCAGCCUACUUCUAAAUUGGCAUUUUGAAUAUAUAUUGCUGCAACUAUAAAUAUAGUUUGGCUCUGCCUCUUGUUUAUUUCAAUGUUUUGCUGUAAAAAAAAUGUGCAGUAAUAGUAGUUUAAACCCACUGGUGCCCAAGUUGCUCAAGUUUUAAGACAAAUUACUGCUACUCAUUGCACUGGCAGAAGCUGAACUACAGUGAACAAUGUAAUUCACUGCUCAAUAUACAGUAAGAUUUUGCUUCUACAGCCCCGGUCAGCAGUUUCCCUACAGGCCACUUAAGAGUGGGGAAGGAAGCCACGGCUAUCAAGUUUUGUUGUCACAGAUGCCACUUUCUGCAUACCCCUUUCACCUCUACAUUGACAACUGCAAUAUCUGUCAGGGGCCUGGAUUUGGCCUAGGUGCCUCCACUUGCUGCCCCCUGUUUUACAGUGUGCUGAGCACCUACAGUAACUCUGUAUCAGAAUGAGUCCUAGUAAAUCAAGUGCCCUUGACUUCAAGUGAGAGCAUAGGACAAUCCCCCAAAAAAGCAGUUGGACUGCGUAUCUUCUACUUUUUAAGUGAGAUUCUAAGCAAAGAUCAACAUAAUACAACUUGUGUUUUAUAUUCAGUAAAACUCUUAUUCAGGAAGCUGUAUGAAUGUGCAAAUGAAGGGGUUGACAGACUCAUAAUUACCAAGGUAGUGUCCGGUAUUACAAUCUGCACAUAGAAGUCUCCUUUUCGUGCAAGUAAUCUCAUUCAGUAACUAAUAAGUAAAAGGGCUUUACGAAUUAUGCCUCUUUCAUGAAGAAUUUUGUGGAAUGUAUUUUACAUGCUUUGUAUUGAAAAACUCUUCUGAGCUUCAAUAAAAUGUACGGUAUAGCUUAAAGUUGGAAGGGAAUAUUUAUGCGACAUGUUUAGUUGUCAUUGAUUACAACUUUAUGUAAAAUUUCUAACACGUACAAGCCAGAACAACUGCUAUAUUUAGUUGUACUAUGGGGGAACAACUAUUUUUAAAAUGAAGGCAUUAAUACAGUAUUAUGAAUUAUUGAAUAAAAAUAUAGACUUGUACUGAUCUGUUUUGUAAAUUUUACAACAGGCACUGCACAGUUUGGCGGUGUUCCCAUUGUUUUGUGCUUUGAUUUGUAGUAAGACUCGAUAUUUGAACCAUUUUAGAAUAAACUGCUUCUUGUACA